AAAUGUUUAUUUACCCGUUUUAUAUCCCUUUCUGCAUGCAAAACCAUAGGGGGCUCUGGAGAAUCCGUGUAACAAGAGCAGCAGCAUUUUCUCAGGUGGUUCCAGUCCAGGCAGGCGGAUAUUUUUUUUGCUUUUGUCCUAUAAGCGCAAAAAAGGGGGAGAUUAUAAUUGUGGGUCCAACGCGCUGCUUCCAAAGUGUUGGAUCGCCCUGGCAGAUUCCCCAACUUGCGCGUUGUGCUGUUUUUGUGAGGUGACCCAUGGAGGAUAAAAAACCCACAGCUUCCCUUUUACAGAAGUGGUCAAGAGGGCCCCCUGAUGCCAUUCAGGUGGCAUCUGAGGGGACUGCUGUAAGCUUGCUCACAGCAGGCCAGACUCUGUGUGACCUUGAAAAGAGGCCACUGUCCUCAGCAGUCAAGAGAGAAGAGGGAAACAGGAAGUCCUACCUCCACUCGAUUCAACUUGAGCUCAAUGAAGCUGUGAAACUCCUUCCUGAGCCGACCUCAGUUAGUUCUCCUUUCCGCCCUUCUGGAAGCUCAAAGAACCUGCAACCGGAAGAUGCAGAUGAAUCCAUCUUGUCUGGAGGAGGACAGAAGCCCCCCAGGGAAGCCGCAAUACGCCUCAAAGAGGCGAAACCAUACGAAACCUCAGAAUUGGGAAAGAGUGGCCUGCCUUCUUGGAUGUCUGCCUGGGACACUGCUGGGGUUUGCUCCCAGACUGGCGGCCCCUGCAGUGGUAGUGCUCCCUUUGGGCCGAGGCCCCUUUGGGUGAGAAGAGAUCCAGGGGUGGAUUUGGGGGGUGAUGCGAGCCAAGACAUUUGUGUGACCUGCCUCACCAGACAGAGCAGAGAGAAGGAAAACUGGAAUGGCAAUUGGAGGCGAAGGGAAGUAGGCCCAGGGACUAAUUGGGGAGAUGGGUACUUUGUGGGGACAACAGACACCCGAACCCCGGACUGCCCCUUUUUAUUCCCGGUGGAGGAAUUCGUGCAGAGGCCCUCUUUAAGGAACAGAGGCUGCAAGUUUAGUCUGUCAACUCCCAAGAGCGCUAUUGGGAGGGGCAGCAGUUCCACACUCUGCCCCAUGUGGGAGGAAGCUCAUCCUGUCUGUGCUGUACAGGAAGAGCCCCUGGACUUAUUGAGGGCCAGAUCCCUGGGCCAGAUAACUGGAGUGGCCCAGGAAUUGUCCCGGUGUAGAUCCCGGGGCCACACUGCUGAAGGAGCCUCAGACUUAUCCCAGGGCCAGGUAGCUGAAGUGGCCCUUGACUUAUCACGGCACACAUUCCGGGGCCAAACUGCUGAAGGGGCCUCAGAUGUAUCCCGGGGCCAGGCAGCUGAUGUGGCCCUUGACUUAUCACGGCACAGAUCCCAGGGCCAGGCAGCUGAAGUGGCCCUCGACUUAUCACGGCACAGAUCCCGGGGCCAGGCAGCUGAAGUGGCCCUCGACUUAUCACGGCACAGAUCCCGGGGCCAGGCAGCUGAAGUGGCCCUCGACUUAUCACGGCACAGAUCCCAGGGCCAGACUGCUGCAGGGGCCUCAGACUUAUCCCGGGGCCAGGCAGCAGAAGGGGCCCUCGACCUGUCACAGCACAGAUCCCAGUGCCAGGCAGCUGAAGGGGCCCUGGACCUGUCCCGAGGCCAGAGAGCUGAAGGGGCCCUGGACUUGAUAGUUGAAGUGACCCUGGAGUUGAUCCCAGAGCCAGAUAGCUUACGGAGGUAGAGAGGGUCAUCUCUCCCCCCCCCAAUGCUUUAAGGGAAAAAAGGCAAGCUCAGUAUCCCUAUGCCUGAGAACCUCCACCUUUGGCCGACCAAAGGUCCCUGCUCCCCCAAACUGACUUCCCCUUAGGCCUGAAAUGGCCUGUUGGAAUUCUUCCAAGCAACCACCUCUCAUUUCCUUGAAGGUCCCACCUUUUAACUUAACCUUUUCUGGGAUUAAGCACUGAUUCCUAACCCUUGCUUGUAACUAAGCCAAAGUACAUGCAGCUGAAAUGAGCACGUGUCCUUCCCCCGCCUUCCUUUUCCACUCCCUCUGUUGUUUCUCUCUGGUGUUUUAGAUUGUACGCCCCUGGAGCCAGUGGUCUGCCAUUCCUGUUCUUUGUAAAGCAUCAUGUAUCACUUAAGAGAUUUUUAAGUAAAUAAAAUGCAUAGAUGGUGACCUA